UGCUGCCAUUGCUGUUGUUGCUUCAAGACGGGAAGGGGCAUGAGGAUCAGGCUUCUGGCGACACGACUACUUUUGCACUCCACGACACGCUCGCUGCCCCACUUCAAUCGUCGUCCCUUGGCAUUUCCGAGGAUGGCGUCCGCUCACUUCACUUCGACGUCCACGUCGCGUCGUGAGGAGCCCGCCGCGCCGCAGGUGACGGAGCUUCCCGACUCGAUCAUCCUCUCCGGCCUCUCCGUACGGCUGCUUGUCGGCGUCGAUGGUUGGGAACGCGUGCAGCCUCAGCCGGUGUCCAUCGACGUUCGCGUCCACACCGAUGUCUCGCAGGCCGGGCAGUCGGAUCAUUUGCCAUAUAGCAUUCACUACGGCAUCCUCACAAAGGAAUUGGAGAAGCACUGCGCCGGUGCCAGGUAUCGCAGCCUCGAGGCCCUGGCAGAGGGUCUGGCCAAGGUGUGCAUCUUUGUCUGCAAGGCACCCCGAGUCACAUUGAAAGUGGAGAAGCCGAGGUCGCUCCUUCACGCCCGCUCGGCCGGUGUGCAAAUCACGCGCACGGCCCAAGACUUUAUCAAGCCGUCGUCGUCGUCGUCGGAGCAAGCCUGGCCCGAGACGCCCUCAGCAGACAUGCUCAACUCGCUGCGGCUCAGUCCGCAGUCCCACUGGGCCACCAAGGACGUCGUCCUGGUUAAUGACCUCGAGAUCAGUACCAUCCUUGGCGUCAAUCCGUGGGAGCGGGUGGACAAGCAGAUUGUGCGCAUCAAUCUCGUGGUCUUUUCUGGUCUUGAGAGGCUGCGUCAGGCCUCUCUGCUCUCUGCCAAGCCGGGCCGGGCCGUCCCCGCCCCUCCUGUGGAUGUCGUCACCCGGCCUCAGAAUUACCGGACGAUUGUGCGAAGCAUCACGGCGCACGUCGAGAACAGCAACUACAAGACAGUCGAAAGCCUGGCCACGUCGAUUGCUAUGGUGGCCAUUGGCGAGAACCGAGUUGAGCGGAUCAAAGUCAGGGUUGAUAAGCCGAGUGCCAUCAUGUUCGCGGAGUGCGCCGGGGUAGAGGUGGAGCGCGACAGGGACUUCUUUGAGAAGCAGUCGGUGGCAUCCGGCAGAGCUUCGUCCACCUCUGUUCAGACAUCAGUCCCUCGUAGUACACAGUCAGCAGCAAAGCCAAACGGUUUCGCGCUUCCCAUCGAGCGCGAAGAGCCCCACUUGAAGGACGGCGAAUGGCACGUCGUGGCUAUCGCACUUGGCUCCAACCUCGGCGAUCGAUUUGCCAAUCUCGAGAAUGCUGUCAGGCUGCUGUCCGAAAACGAAAACUGCAAGCUGGUGGACACAAGCUUCCUCUAUGAGACGACACCGAUGUACUACGAGGACCAGCCCAAGUUUCUCAAUGCAGCUUGUCGGAUCGCAACAAGACUGACACCUCACCAGCUCCUCGCUCUCACUCAGUCCAUCGAGACUCAACUCGGAAGGGACAAGCGCGGCGUGCCUCUCAAAGGACCGCGUAUGGUCGACCUCGACAUUCUCUUCUACGAUCGCCUCGAGCUGUCGACGAGCGACCUCACGCUUCCUCAUCCGGGCAUUCCCGAGCGCGACUUUGUCCUGCGGCCCCUUUGCGACAUCCUACCCGACUACAGGCACCCUCAAAAUUCUCGCACAGUGAGCCAGCUUCUCUCGAUUCUCACCCACUCCGAAGGCUACGUGGCAAGCGAUACAAGAAGGGUCAUGAAUGUGCCCGCGUCACGAGCAAUGACAUGGAGCUGGGGCGAGCGCACGCUCAUCAUGGGCGUCAUCAAUGCGACUCCCGACUCCUUUUCCGACGGAGGAGACAAUCUGUCGGCGCAGGCUGCUGUUCAAACGGCACUGUCCAUGGUCGAGGAAGGUGCAGACAUGCUCGACGUGGGGGGAAUGAGCACCUCGCCUGCCGCCCCGGAGGUGUCGGCCAAGGAAGAGGAGGAUCGUGUGGUGCCUGUCAUUGCGGCGAUCCGAGCCGCGGGCAUUACGGUACCUGUAAGCAUUGACACAUUUCGUGCGUCGGUGGCAGAGGCAGCCAUCUCGGCGGGUGCCAACAUCAUCAAUGACGUUUCGGCUGGUCUUCGAGAUGCGAAGAUCUUUGAUGUGGCCCGCAACAGAGCGGUGCCCAUCGUGCUCAUGCACAUGCGUGGCGACAGUCAGACAAUGACGAGCGCUGCAAACACGUCCUACCACGAGAGCGAUGUUGUGGGAGGGGUAAAGAGAGAGCUAGAGGCACGCAUGGAGGCGGCGCUCCGAGCCGGCGUUCGAAGGUGGAACGUCAUCUUGGACCCUGGCAUUGGAUUCGCAAAAGACAAGGACGGCAACGUCGAGCUUCUCCGUGGUCUCCACGGUUUCACCUCUGGCCACAUUCAGUCGGGGUCACGAGCCUCUAGUCCUCCUCCCCCUGCUCCAGUCUCGCUGCCAAGCGAAGACGCGGUGGUAGGAAGGGAAGGAAGAGAAGGAGAAGGGGAACAGCAAAGCUCGCCUUCGGCCCUGGACCUGGCGCCGCACGCCUCACUGGCUCACCUUCCCAUGCUACUAGGUGUCAGUCGCAAGCGGUUCGUGGGCACCCUGACGGGACGAAAGGAGCCGAAGGACAGAAUCUACGGGACAGCUGCAGCUUGUACAGCGGGCAUCUUGGCCGGCGUCGACAUUCUGAGAGUCCAUGACGUCGGUCAGAUGUGUGAUGUAGCCAAGGUGGCCGAUGCCAUUGCCAGGAGGCGAAACUAGACAAGGUGAUGAGUCAGCAGUGCUCGUCGAUGGCAGACGUGCCCUAUCUGUGAAUCUCGCCCAGGCUGGUGGCCCGGCGCACGAACCACUCAGCCGACGAGUCCCUGGGGUAGUAACUAGCUACUCUCGUGAUAGUAGUGUUCAUUCGUGACAGUCGGGCAAUUUGAUAUCUAUGCAUAAAUCUCGGCCCCAUUCGCAUAAUUGAGUCAGGCGCAAGCAGUAAUCAAGCGUUAUCAUAGCGUAGAGUAGUAGUGUGGUAGUAGUAGUAGCUUUACCACCGGCCCGUCGCGUCAUGCCUGCAGUCAGAGUAGUAGUACUAGCGAGAUUCGACUCGACAUCUUGCAUCAUGCCCGAUAUGGGCUUUUACCGGCCAGAACACCCGAA